AUGUCCUACCCCUCCCCCCUCCAAUACCACCCGGACUCCCACGACAGCAUCCCUUCCACCUACACCUACCGGCCCUCCUACUCCUCCAGCUCCUCCUCCCGCUCCGCCGAGACUCUCGCCCGCGACCACGAACAGCUCCUCAUCUCCCAUUGGCCUCCCUCCCACCGCUCCUCGGGCAGCCUCUCCCCCAACCGCCUCCUCGACAAACCCACCUCCGCCCGCCCCAUCGGCAACUCCCUCAAGCACCUCCGCCCCGCCGAUUUCGACCAGAUCAAGACCCUCGGCACCGGCACCUUCGCCCGCGUCUGGCUCACCCGAUGGACCCACCCCCACGACGAGCGCUCUGCCCACCAGGUCUACGCGCUCAAGAUCCUCCACAAGGUCGACGUUAUCCGGCUAAAGCAGGUCGAGCACGUGCGCAACGAGCGGAACGUGCUGGCCGCCGUGGCAGGGCAUCCAUUCAUCACGACGCUGGUGGCGAGCUUCCAGGACGAGGAGUCGCUGUACAUGCUACUGGACUACUGUCCCGGCGGGGAGGUGUUCAGCUACCUGCGGCGGGCGCGCCGGUUCAACGAGCCGACGAGCCGGUUCUACGCCGCGGAGAUCGUGCUGAUUCUGGAGUAUCUGCAUGAGAAGGAGGGCGUUGCGUACCGGGAUCUGAAGCCGGAGAAUAUCUUGAUCGACGCGGAUGGGCAUUUGAAGUUGGUGGAUUUCGGGUUCGCGAAGACGGUGGGGAAUCGGGAGACGUACACGCUCUGUGGCACCCCGGAAUACCUCGCCCCCGAAGUCAUCCGAAACACCGGCCACGGCUGCGCAGUCGACUGGUGGGCCUUUGGCAUCCUCAUCUACGAGUUCCUCGUCGGUCAACCCCCCUUCUGGGACCAAAACCCCAUGAAGAUCUACGAGCAAAUCAUCGAAGGCAACAUCCGCUACCCCUCCGCCAUGUCCCCCGACGCGCGCGACCUCAUCGCCAAGCUCUGCACGGUCGACACGUCGAAGCGGCUCGGCAACAUCCGCGGGCGCGCCGCGGCCGUCAAGGCGCACCCAUGGUUCCGGGGGGUCGACUGGGACGCGGUCUUCCAUCGGAAGAUGCAGGGGCCGAUCGUCCCCCAGCUGCAGGGGCCGGCAGACACGCGGCAUUUCGAUGAGUAUGAGCCCGAGCCGGAGAAGCAGGAGGUGUAUACGAGGGAGUUGAGGGAGAAGUAUGAGGAGGCGUUUAAGGAUUUUUAA